AUGCCUUCCACAACAACCGAGGGAGGGAUGCCGGUGGUGACGGUCAAGGUUUCGAGCUUCCUGAAGCACCCCGCCGCGGGGCACACUCUGUAUGAGUGCAGAGUUGAACUGCCACACACGAGACAGGUGUGGGUAGUGCACAGGCGUUACCGAGAAUUCGUAGCGCUCCGGCAGCACCUCAAGACAGCAUGCCAACACUACCGGCAAAAGAAGCCAGCACCGUCAUCUCGCGGCGGAAAGCCCCACCCCGCGAAUAAACCUCCGGAGCGGGGGACGGCAUCCUUAGGGGUUGGAGGGGGCGUUUCGGCUGCAGCAGCCGGAGGAGACGGGGGCGGCAGCAGCGGUGGCGGUAGCAGCGCGUGUUCUAGGCCGCCGGGCUCAGCGGAGCUGAUCGAGAGCAUCGAGACGAUCCUGUUCGUGUGCAAGUUUCCGAGCAGGAUUCCCCUCGGGAGGUCUUUCUCCCUCAAGCAGGAGAGGCGGAAGGCGCUGCACUCGUUCCUCGAAGCGCUGGUGUACCUGCGGCCGCUGCCCAACAAAGUGGCGAGUUUCUUGGGCCUGCUGGAGAACAACCGGCUGGCGCAGGACCAAAACGGCGACUACGUGCGGGUCAUGCACACGGAGACCGUUCUGCCGAUACCACCAUCGCCCGCCUUCCACGCCGCUGCUCACGCCCGACGGGAAAAGAUGGUGGCGGAUGUUGCCCCCAGAGGCGGCGAGGACGAUGACGCCGCCGUCGCCGGGGAUGACGGCCCUUGCGGUACUACCCCGGGAUUACGGUCAUCUAAGGCUGCGGCUACGAAGACCCUUGCAAUGGGGGUAGCUUCCGCGGAGGGAAGAGCGGAGGAGGGGAGCGAUGUUCCGGCAGCAGCGGCGGAAGUCGCUACGGGCUGCAGCAGUGGUAGCGGUGGCGGAGGGAGCGAGAACGACGGCCGGCGAAAAGCGUCCCUCCCGCUUUCGUCGCCGGCAGCGGCGGGGACGGCAGGUGCCUCGGGACAGCCGUUGUCCGACCACGUCGACAGCAGCAGCCCGCGGCAACACCAGCCGCCGCGUUUCCGGCAACAAGAGCAACGGUCGGUGGGGUCCCGCGCGUGGGAGGGGGUUCGCACCGUGGAAAUGGAGUCGGGAGGGGGGGAGGGGCAAGACCGGUGGUCGGGCACGGAAGACCCCACGGACUCGGAGUCUGGUUCUGACUCGGAGACGGACGAUGACAGCGACGACGACGACGGGAGGGGGACCCGCACGGCAGAAGACACCACCCACGUUCGCGGGGAUGAUGACACGGAGCCCCGAUCAUCACCGGGGGCUGGGCGGCAGCAGCGGCAGGGGGCCGACGGUGGCGUGGCACACGGGGGUGCUGACCCUGCCGCGGUUGCCGAGGCUGUCGCAACGACCGGCUUGGGCGACGAGAAUCGCGGCGGAGGGGGUAGUGGCGGCGAGCCGGGGGUUAUUCCGGACCCGCCACUACCGGCGGUUCCGUCGCCGAAGGCCCGGUCGCCGACCGCUCUAGUUUCCCCGCCCAGCACAGCUGUCCCGACGUCACCCUAUGCUCCCGUUGCCAAGCUGAGAGGUGGCGGUGCGGACGGGGGCGGAGGGGGCGAAGUUGACUGCGAUGCCGAUGGUGAGGACGAAACGAUGACGUGCCAGGACGAGGACGUAGACGGGGGGGGCUCCGGCGAUGGAGGGGGGGGUGUUGGCGAGGCGGAGGUGAAGGGGGAGGAAGACGAGGAGCGAGAGGAGAGGUUGAUCCAGUGGGAGUUCUUAAACGGUUUCCUACAUGAGGUGGUCGCCAAGGUGGUUGGCAGACAGGGCCUCGGCGGCACAGGAAGCGCCGGGGGCGGUGAACGUGGCGGGGGCGGCGAAGGCGGGGUGCUGUCGUCCCCGUUGUCGGACGAGGAGAGGGAUGUACGGGUGGCCGAGCUGAUGAGUUUCGGAGUCGACCUGCCGUACGAGAUGCUCCUCACCCUGCUGAGGUACAAGGAUUGGGGUCCGGAGGCGGCUACGGCGCUGUACCAGAGCCUGGUGGCCGCCGGGAAGGGCCUGCUGGAGAAGGUCAACCCGGGGGCGCCCGUUCGAGGGAUGCAGAACGGCGGCAACACCUGCUACAUCGACAGCCUGCUGUUCGCCAUGUUCGCCACCUUGGACGCGUUCGAUUGGCUGCUGUUCAAGCCGCUGCCGUCCACCGAUCCCCCCGAGGUGAAGCUGCUGCAGAAGCACCUUCGGUUCUUGGUCAACCAACUGAGGGAAGGCGCGACGAUUCCGCGGGAACACUCUAACCUCAUACGGACUCACCUCAGGAGAUGUGGGUGGCAGGGUGGAGCCUCCACCCAGGAGGACGUGACGGAGCUAUUCACCUUCCUGGUCUGCCUUCUGCGGUGCCCCGCGCUACCCCUUAGCGAGGCCCUCUUCCACGGGGGUAACGUCGACGCCGGGGAUUCUAGGAUUUCGACGGAGCGGGCGCUGUUCCUAGCGCUUCCGGAGGCCGAGAAGGAGACCGAGGACCGGAAGAGACCCAAGUCCCUGUCGCCCACCCGGGACGCAAACGCCGCUCCUCCUCUCUCCACCAACUCCAACGCGGAUCCCGCAGCAUCAUCCUCACCAGCCACGCAGCAACAACAGGGGGAGCAGCAGGCCACAGCAAGGUCGCCGUCAGUUCCACGUAGGGGCAAGGGCAAGGACAGCGGAGGGGUCGGGGCGGCGGUAACGCUGGAGCAGAUCCUGAUGCACAACUUCCACGACAACCGUGUGGAGGGUCUUCGGCGUUCCGUCUCUGGGGAGAAGGGGAGCCAGAGGUACGAGCAGCCGGUCGCGCCUACUCCCGCCGCCGGCGCCUUUUCGCGAGCCUCUGGUACUGGUGCUGCUGUGCCAGAAGCGACGAAGUCCCGCCGCAGAGUGAUCGUGCCGCACCGCCUGGACGUGUCCAACUUCAUGGCGCCCUCUGCCGGCGCUAAGGGUCGUGCCGACAAAUCUGAGCCCGGACGCUUCGUGCUAGUGCUCCGCUCUGCCGUGUGCCACCUCGGGGGAGAGAGCGUGAGCAAGGGCCACUACGUCGCCUACACCGCCGACAGAGUCGCGUCCGGCGACGGCGGCGGGAACAAGAAGGGUGAAGCCGGUGUCGCCCACGCUGCUAAAGCCGGUGAAUGGGCUUCGAAGUCGACGACGGGGUGGGCAUCAGGAGGAGGGAAGUCGAGCAUAGGGGCUGAUGACGGUGAGAGCAGCCAAGACAGCGUGGCGUGGCUGCGUCUGGACGACCUUCAUGAAGGGCCGGGGGGGCGGGGUUACGUGGAGAGGUUGGACACCGUUCACGAGGCAAACCGUCUCUUCAGCGAGGACCUCGGACUGCACAGCUACAUGCUCUUCUAUGAGUUGGUGCCACUCAACCUGGACGAUGCUGGGAAAGCUCAGAUGAAGGAGAAGCUUGCUCUCAUGGAGACGCAGAGUGACUACGAGCUAGCUCUGCAGCUCGACCUUAUGGAGCGCGCGCGCACGGAUGACGGGGGCUGGUCGCAGGGCGGGGGCGGCGGGAGAGGCGCUGUGGUCAUUACACCGAUAUGCCCCGUGUCCUGA